ACCAGGGCCCAGCAGCAGAGCAACAGCAACAACGGCAAGACGUCGGCCAAGCUCAUGGAGUACUUCAAGCGGAAGACGCACUUCUCCAAGGAGGAGAUCGACUCGCUGUGCAGGGUGUACCGCAAGCUGGUGGCCACCAGCCACGCGCACAACUCCGGCGCCGCGGCGCACAACGGGAACCCCGCCGCGGCCGUGCUGCCCUCCCCCAACUCGGCCGUGGUCACGGAGGGCCUGGACCGAGUGGUGUUCAGGGAGCUGCUGCACAACACGUUCGACAUGGUGACGGAGGAGGUGCUGAUGGACCGCAUCUUCUGCGCCUUCGACCGCUGCAACGACGGCGUCAUCCGGAUGGACGAGUGGGUGUGCGGGCUGUCCGUCUUCAUCAAGGGGGACACCGAGGAGCGCAUGGCCUUCUGCUUCCGCGUCUACGACCUCAACAGCGACGGCUUCAUCAGCCGCGAGGAGAUGUUCCACCUGCUGAGGAACUGCCUCGUGAAGCAGCCUCAGGAUGACGACCCGGACGAGGGCGUCAAGGACCUCGUGGAGCUGGCGCUCAAGAAGCUGGACUACGACAAGGACGGCAAGGUGUCCUUCAAGGACUUCCAGUCGGCCGUCAAGGACGAGCCCCUCUUGCUGGAGGCCUUCGGCCAGUGCCUGCCUUCGGAGGGCGCGUGCCAGACCUUCCUGUCCACCCUUCGUUCCUAGUGCAGUGGCCGCCUCAAGCGGGGCGAAGCGCCUGCGAAACACGGGGUAGGCAGACCCGCCGAACAGUGCGGCGUUGCGGGAGUGCAUACCCAUCAUUGCCAUUACCAUUAAAGGCUAGACCACACAUGAUCGUAUGCCAUUUCGGGGUGAAGAGCCCGAAUGUGAGAACUUCAAUCUGUCAUGUAAUGUAUUUAAUUUAAUGUAAUGUAUUGUUCUGUAGUGUUGCCUAACUUUAAGAGUCGUGAUACCAUAAGGAAUUGAUCAAGGGACCUGACCUAAGAAAUGAGAAACAACAUACUUCACAUU